UCAACAACGAAUUCCUACUUUGACAGUAUUCACAUGUAAUGAUCGUAUUUCUGUACUCAAAGUGGAAUUAGAGCUUUUGUAUUAUCAGUAAAGCGUGUUUAGUCCACACUGAAUACUUAUUUUGAAAUUUCAAAAAGAAAAUGACCGAAGCUAUAGUGCCUCUGGAGUCUGGUAUCAGACAGCUUUUUAAUAGGACUUUAUCUAACAGAAGUUCUUUCGCUUCAAAUUUAUUCAGCCCUGUGUGUAAACCAUUUAAAGGACAAGUUUAUGAAGAUCUGAAACAUCAAGCCCAAGAAGCAGGACAACUAUUUGAAGAUCCUGAAUUUCCUGCUGAUGAUACUUCACUUUUUUCCCAGGGAAAUGUUGGACAGCUUCCUGGUCAAGUGGAAUGGAAAAGACCAAAGGAAAUACAUGCAAAUCCAAAACUUUUUGUUGAUGGUGCAUGUAGUUGUGAUGUCAUUCAAGGAAUGCUUGGGAAUUGUUGGUUUGUUGCUGCAUGUUCAUCCCUUGCCCAAGAGAAAGAACUAUGGAACAAGGUUAUUCCAGAUUCUGAAGAGCAGGAAUGGAAUGAUGAACAUCCUGAAAAUUAUGCUGGUAUUUUUCAUUUUCGGUUUUGGUUAUUUGAUGGCUGGUACGAUAUUGUUAUUGAUGAUAGACUUCCAACUAUUGAUGGGCAACUGAUAUAUAUCAAAUCAAGAGAUAAGAAUGAAUUUUGGGGUGCUCUUUUAGAAAAGGCAUAUGCUAAGGUUGCAGGAGCGUAUGAGAAUCUUGAUGGUGGUAAUCUGUGUGAUGCUCUUAUUGAUUUUACUGGUGGAAUAGCAGAAACUUUUGAGCUUCAGGAAGAGAAAUACUAUGAAAAUGAUGAAAAAAAGAUUAGUCUGUUCCGAAUGAUGCGCUCAGAAAGUGAAAACCAUUCCUUACUGAGUUGUGCUAUUUCUGCUGCAUCUCAAGAAGAAAUGGAAGCUAGAACUGAAGUUGGUUUAGUUAAAGGGCAUGCAUAUGGAAUCACUGCUGUUAAAAAAGUGUAUAUUGGUGAAACAGGCUUAAUGUCAUUGUUUGCAGAAAAGGAAAAAAUAUACAUGGUGCGUAUGAGAAACCCAUGGGGACAGAAGGAAUGGACAGGACCAUUCAGUGAUGGUUCAGAAGAAUGGGAAAAGAUUUCUGCAAGUGAGAGAGAAAGAAUUGGUCUUACUUUUGAUGAAGAUGGUGAAUUUUGGAUGACAUUUGAUGAUUUCUGCAAAUACUUCACAGAUUUGUCGAUUUGUCGUUUGGUGAAUACAUCUUGGUUCAGCUUCAAUAAAACAUGGAGUGAAGCAUGUUUCUUAGGAAAAUGGACUGCUGGGCCUCCUAAAUCUGAAACUGAUCGAGCAGGUGGAUGUUUCAAUCACAAAAACACAUUUCUUCAGAAUCCACAGUAUCGUUUUGAUGUGGAAACUGAUGAAGAUACAGUCAUGAUAUUUUUGAUGCAAAAGGACAGAAGAGCUUUGCGAAGUAAAGGCAUCAGUCAUCUUGUUAUUGGGUUUCAUGUAAUGAAAGUGGAGGCAAAUCGACGUUAUCGUUUACAUUCAGUAAAGGAGAAAGCUGCAGGAUCACAGUAUGCAAUGUCAAGGAAUGUCUUUCAGCGCUGCAGUUUGAAGUAUGGUCGAUAUGUAAUUGUACCUACUACAUUUGAGCCUGGACAAGAAGGGGAAUUUCUUUUAAGAAUAUUUACCAGCAAAGCUAAUAAUGGAAAGGAAUUAGUUCAUGAUGUACCAUCUCAGAGUAUGUGGCCCUGCAUUUCGUAUCCUUGUUUGCUUACCAAGGUAUUUGUGAAAGGUGCUUCUGAAUUGGAAAAGCAGGAUCGCUUUGGAAGUGCAGACCCUUAUUGCAUCAUAAAAUGUGAAGGAGAACGAGUACGAAGUCCAGUGUGUCAUGAAACAUUAAAUCCUGAAUGGAAUUUAACUGCAUUAUUUUAUCGCAAAAGUCCAGAUUCACUGAUUAAAAUACAAGUUUGGAACAGCAAUGUUGUCAUGGACACUUGUUUAGGUAAAGCAUCUAUAGAAGCACCUCUAAAUCCUGAACCAGUUGUCAAGGAAGUAGAACUAUUUGGGCGCUUGCAGGAAAAGGGUGUUAAAAAACCUGGUAUUGUGACUGUUGAAAUAGCAACCUACGAUGACCUUUUAUUUUGCUAAGAGCCUUGACUUCUUUUAAAAAUAUGUGUGCAUUUGCUCAAGCUCUACAUUUUUACUACUGCUAUUUGAAAAGUGUAAUAGUGCAUAUGUACAGGUUUGAUGUGUUUAUGUGCCUUUUUUAUAUUUGCAAUUUUUAUCAAAGUAUGUUUUUAUGUUUUGGGAACUUACUUUUACAUUUCUGAGGUAUUUUGUAUGUGUUUAAAUUUUCAGUCCCUUCUGAAAUUUAUUUGAAUGCAAGUUUUUUUUGGUAAACCAUUAUGUUCAUUUCUGGUUAUCAGCUUGUUCCAUCCCAUUGAAAGUAUAUUAAAUAUAACUAGAUUUAGGAAUUUAUUUUUUUAAUGAACUGCUCUUGUAAACAUAUAUUAUUUUUAAUUAUAUUAAAACAUUAAUCCUGAUUUAUGUAUAAUGUUUUCACUUUCUGAUCAAUGUUUUCUGCACAUAAUGAGGUGCUACUGUUCCUAGUCAUAUUUUUUAAUCAUGAAAUUGGAAAUCAAUUUGCAUCAUAGAAAUAACUGUGAUUUCUAUGUGUAUUUUUUCAUGUAUAAUUGCAUUUAAUUUUACAGUUUUUUUCAUUCAUAAAAUUUGUUUUAAUAUCUGCACACUAUUUGAAAACUUUUGUGAACUUAAUUUUGAGAAAUUAAUUUAGCUGAUAUUGUUUUGUCAUUGUUAUAAGCACCUGAAAUUAAAUAUUUUUAUCUUUUUUACUACAUUAAAUUACAUAUUUAGACUUAUAAUGAAAAAGAUUUUUAAGAUGCAGGUUGAUGUCUUAAGAGAUUAUUUAAUAUAGGUAACCCUUAUAUAACACGGUAGAUAGGUUCCUAGAAAAUACAGUGUUGUGUGAAGCUGUAUUGUAUGAGAUCCAGAGCCAGUAUAAAAAGGGGGGUUACGUUCCGAAAACUUAUCAAACACAAAUAUUUUUUUAAUUCCACAUAAACAGCUUAUUUUUUAUUAAACAUGUGUACAACACAAAAGAAAAAAUAUUACAUAUUUUAAUUUAAUGCAACUUUAGUUUAAUAAAUUUUUUCGUUGUUAUUGCUCAGUAUAAUAAAACGAGAAAAUUUUUUUGGUAGAAUGAGAUAUCUUUCACUUUCAGAAUUUCUUUCUUCAUUUAAAGUUCUUGCAUUUUCUUCCCCUCUUUAAAAAAUCUGUAAUUUUACUUUGCUUACUAGUUCUUACUGGGUCAAUGUAAAUUUCUUGGUAUGAAGCUAGACCAUUUUGCAACCCCCUUUUGAAUUUUCGGCUUAUUUCAGCGGAAGGAUCUGCAGUCAAGAAAAAUUAUUCGAGAUUUUCAGCUAAGCUUAGGCCUUCUUUUAAUUAUUUUAAAUGCUAAGUUAUUAACUGCACAGUCUUCGUUAGUGCUAGUGUCUGGCUUUGGAUGCCAUUUCCAUCAAAUCUGCUUUGUCAAUUUCUUUUUCCUCUAAUAAAUAAAUCUUGAACGUCCUCAAUAGCCAUGUUGACAAAACCUUCGUCUCCGAUUGAUUUAGCAACUUCUAAUAAGUCACCAAUUUCAUUUUCUGAUGAUUAACACACGUUUUCUAUUUCAAAUGAAGAGGGCCAUAUCAUCUUCUAACAUGCAUUUAACGUUGAUGCUUUGGACUUUUUCGGAGACAAAGUACGAUGUCAAUACAGUGUUGUCCUAUAUGUCUUCCAAGCUUCCAUUAUAUUAAUUAAUUUUGAAUCGGUUAUGUCUAAAAUACACUGCAAUGCUCUUCUUAUGUAAUAUGUUUUAAAAAUAUAAAUAACAUAUUGUUCCAAUGGUUUUUCUGCCUUAAAUAACGUUAAGCGUCUGGCACAAAACAAUUUAAAAGCCAAUCUUUAGCUUCAUAAUCAACGUCCUAGCAGCUUCACAAUCAGCCGAUGCAGAUUCUCCUUGAAUUCUUAUGCUAUAAAUUGCGAGAAGCUUUUUUAAAUUUUCGAACCAACCUUUACUUGCCGCAAAAUCUGGGUUGACAGAGUAUUCUCCGUGUUCUUUUAGAUGCUUGAAAAUUUUGAGUGUUUUUUGUUUAAUGAUAUUAACAUUAAACGGGAUUCUUUUUUGGCAGCUAUCAUGAAUCCAAAUGCUGAAUGCCUUUUCCAUCUUCUCAAUUAUUGGCCCCUGGAGGUGAACUGCAUGUUUUGCGGAUGUCGAAGAUACUGCAGCAACUGCACUACUUAUUUCUGUUUCAUUUUUUUAAUAGUCCGGACUGUUGCUUCAUUCAAAUUAAAAGUUUUUCCAAUGUGAGAUGCCUUUUCUCUAUUUAAAAGACAGUCCAAAAUUUGCAUCCUUACUUGUAAAGAAAUGAAUUUUUUCUUUAAUGUUGUUUAUCUUUAUCAGACAUGUUUUGAGACUGAAACUUAAGAUCUUAAAGACGAAAAAGUUAUUCUUUGACACACUGUAGCUAGGUGCAGACUGCCGUCCAGCAAUAUGAGACACUUUUGUUUUCAGGCCGUGGAGAUGAGGAUUCAAAUUUUGGAAACCGAACAUGCAGGUUGUGCGUUUUAGAACACUUAUCGUGACCUCAUGUUAUUCACCUUCUGCGAUAGUGAGGUUUCUUCUUUGUUAUCUGGUGAUUGUGCUAUCUUGAGACUGGGUAUUGUUUCUGUUAUGCUACUGGGCUCUGAAUAUCAUGGAAGGAAAUGAUUUUCCUCCAUUACCGGUUAAGAAUUCAACCGUCGCUCUCCACCACAUGGCUCAUCUCCCUGAGGACAUUUGUUCUUACGGUUACCGGAUCUUGGAAGACAACUGGCAGAACUGGUUUAACUGGCAGAACUUACAAAACAAGGAUUCUUUUGUGUUAAAUUACUGUAUGGGUGCUUUGCUCAAUCUGGAAAAUCUUUGUGCGGAGUUCGUUAAACUUGGGCAAUUUUCUUAUCAUGUUAGAUAGAAACCAUGCUGUAGGAGGGUUCUCGUAAUUUAUGAAUCGUGUUAUAGUGAAACCGUGUUACAGGAUACCGUGUUCUAGGAGGGCUACCUGUAUUUGAAAAACAAAAAGGUUAUUGAGAAAUCGGUGAAUGUGUGUUUUCAGUGAUUAUAAAAUUAAGUGAAAAUAAAUGAAAAAAAAUUAUUUAAAAAUAUUGUGUGUUUUAUAAAAAAUAGAAAUAAUUAUUAAGGAAAAUGGUAGCUAAAGACAAAAAUAGAGGAACAAAAGUUGAUUCAAUUUUAAUUAUCAUUGUACAAGAGAAGUUGAUAACUUUUAAUAACUUUUAAAAAUUAUUAACAUCUUUUAUUUAAAAUCGAAAAUUUAUGUUAUAGCUGUAUUGAAUGUUCUAUAUUUUAAUCAAUGUCACCAAAUAAAUUUUGAUUUUUAUAAGUGAAAUUGAGUAUCUUCAAUCUGAUCGACCUGAAUUUCUCUUUAUGUAAAUUUCCAUGCACUUCAAUAAUAAUUGACAAGAACAUUCAUUGUCAUAAUUGUAUUUUAUUUAACUUGAAUUUAUGUUAGAGUUCCAUUGUUUGAAUGCCAGGAAAUAACUGUCUUGUCAGCUCUUCUGAUAUAUGAAUGAAAAUUCAUUUUUUAGAAUAGUUGACAAUUAUUUUCUCGAAAUAUAAUAGAAUUUACUAAUUUAUAAAUUAUUUAUGAAAAUAUAAUAGAAUUUACUAAUUUAUAAAUUAUUUAUGAAAAUAUAAUAGAAUUUAAAUAAUUUAAUACUUAUAGAAUUAUUUUAUCAAAAUUUAUUAUUGUAUGCGGAUAGCAGUGUAUUUUAACGUAAUUUCUGCCUGUGUUCACAAAUGCUUGUAAAGGAUGCAUUAAAUUUCAGUAAAUUAUGCGAAUCAUUUGAUCUGUUUUAGAGUAAUGUCCUGGUGGAAAAGAUUGAAAGUACAAAUUAACAUUAAAAGAUUUUUUGGGGGUAAUGAUUGAGUGCAUAUGUCAAAAACUUAACUAUAUUUUGCAUUUAUAGCUGUGUUGUGCACUAAGCUCUUAAUGUAAAUUAAAUGUAUUUCUUUUUGAUAUUUUUAUUACUAGGCAUUAUUUUGAUAUUGAAUUUUAAGUAAAUAAGAAUUAAGUUUCCACAGAAAAUUAAUGUUAAUUUUUUAAUUUUCUGGUGUGCUUGGAAGUUCUUUUAAAUAUCGAAUAUCUUCUCCGUCCUCAUAAACUUCACCACUUUAAAAAUUUACUGUACGUAAUCAUAAAUGAUAUUAAUUAUUUUUCUUUAAUGUGGCACUUUCCAAUGUUUUAUUGAAUAAAGUUUCAGCAACUUGCAACUCUUUUUAUUGUUAAAAUUAUGAUUUGUAUAAAGAAAAUUAUUCCUUUAUAUUUUAAAAAAAGAAGUAGCUUACUUCAAAAAAUAAUUUUUAAUCAUGCAAGUCAGACUUGUACUUUUAUAUUCCUACUUCAAGCCAAUUCCUCAUUAAGCCAAGCAUUUACUAAGCUUGUGUGUAAUUUUUUGCAAAAGAAAGCUGUGAUAUUAAGGUAGCAUUGUCUUUUUACAGCAUUUUUAUUAAUCAUAGCCUAAUCUAAGAUGUAAAAUAUAUAAAUGAAUUAAAAGUUUUGCACAGUUCAAUAUGAAAGAAUUGUGCUUCUGCAUGAUUAAAUUGUAUGUAGUGAAAAAUACUUGCAUUUGUUUCUAAGUGUAAGGGCAUUGUUUUUUUUUUGGGAGAUGUAAAGUUUUAAAUGGCUGCACACCUUUUUAGUCAUUAACAAGUUUCUGUGCAUUUGUUCUGUUGUCAACUCUUUUGCACAACUUGCCAAUUUUUCAUUGUGUUCCUUAUUAGUCUUCAUUUGUGUGUGUUUAUUAAAAGACUAUAUUGUGAUUAUUGAUUGAAAAAAAAGAAUAUUAAGAGACAUAGACAAUAAUAUAAUAUUGUCUAUAUUUACUUUUAAACAAAUUAAUUUCAAAGGCAGCUUUCUUAUUUUUUUCCCAUAUGAAUGCAAAAUAUUUGUGCUUUUUUAAAUUUCUUUUUCAUAUUUCCCAUUGAAAUUAAUUUUGUUAAUGUGGCAUAUAUUCAAAUUCCAGACUCAUUAUGUACCUAUCCAUUCAGUUUGGUAUAAAACUGAAAGAGUUUUGCACCCUUAAUUUUUAUAAUUUUUUCCCCAGUAUUUUGGUAAGUUUAUUGAAAGCUAAAAUUUUACGACAUGCAAAUUUCAUCUGUUAUGAAAUCUGUCAUUAGUAGCAAAUUUUUGUGCAUUUGGAAAGACAUAUGGAAUUGUAGGGUUGUUUAUUGAUGUAACUGACUUGGAUGCAUUUAAUGUAAACUGCAUAUUAUGAUUAUCCAUGUAAAUACUUUUUUACUUUUAGUAGAUGCCCUGUAUAUAUUUGUUUACAUUCUGACUCCCCCAAGGAUUCAAAUUUCUCUUCCCAAAUUCUGGGAAAUGUAUAAUGUACUAUACUGAGGGUUGCAUAUUAUUUUGUUCGAAAAGUAAAAUAGGUAACUACUUUCAGUUUGGAAAAUUUUCAAGCCAGUACUUCAGUUAGCGGUUGUUAUUUGUGCUUUUUAGAAUUAGAAUUGCUUCAUGAAGAUACCUUUCAUUAGUUCCUUUUAUUUACUUUAUAUUAAUUUCAAUUAGUGAGAUUUUAAUAAAAAAUUAAAUAUUUAAUAAUCAUGUGCAUGCAGCAUUUGUACUUUUAUUUUAAACUGAUUUACUUCCUAUAAAUACUCUUUUACUUUUCUGGUUUAACUGGCUAUUUGUUUGUCUGGCCUAAGAUCCAUUUCUCGUUUAAAAGCCAGCCAACUGGGACUCUGCUGUAUAUAUUUCAACUCAUUUCAUUUUAAUAUUCUGUUGUAAUUUGUUCAUAUUGCACAUAAUUCGUAUUUAAACUUUUCUUUUGACUACUGCCUCAUGUUGAGUAGUUCUAAGGGGGGAUUGCUUUUUAAAAUACUCAAUAUUUACUUGUAGGCAAUUUUCAUGACAGUUCAUUUACUGUGGUUUCAUUUUGUGGGAAGCAGUAGCUGUGUUCAAUCUGAAAAAUAGCUGUUUAUGUGUAGGAUAAAGUUGAUGAAAUGCAACCAGUUCUUUUUUUAGGCAAUUGAUAAUUCUCACAAAAAUCAUGAACUCAUCCCUCCCCAAAGAAAAGUUGUGUAAUAAAGUAAUGUGGAUAUAGAAAAAUAGCAGAAUAGGCACACAUGAAACUUGGUAUAAAUAGUCUUGAAACAAAUUGUGUACAUAAUUUCCAUUUUAUUAAUUUACAUGUAUUUUUUACCAGCUUUCAUGAUAAAAGAUAUUAAAAAAAACUUAUUACUAACUCAAGGAAAAAAGAGGUUGGACAAAAAAAGUGAACUACAUAUGCAUGCUUAUUAACAAAACUAAAUUUCUACUUCCCUCCUUCAUUUCAAAUAGGCUUUAUUAGUUUUUCCAUCAAUUUAUUUUUUGACAUAAGUAAAGCAUCCUUUAUAUUGUUUUCUGAUUCAGCAUAAUGUAUUUUUCUAAAUAGGCUGGUUUAAAAGAUUCGUGUUAAGGAAUUCAUAUAAAUAAACAAUAGUUUUCUUUUUAUUGACCGCUUAAGAAAGGUACAAAGCAUGCAAGGUUAUUAAUUACACUGUUGGUAUAUUUAUUUUAAUUAUGUUUAUUUUCAGAGUCAAAACUUUAAAAAAAAAUUUGGUUAUAAGUAUCAUUUUUAAAUGUAAAUUCUAAGAAUAUUUUUUUUGAUUUUAAAUGCUUUUCAUUGACAGAGCCAAAUGGGGAUUUUUAAAAAAAUCAUAUUUGAAUGCGGGGGAAAGAAAAAUUAUUUGCAAAAAAAGAAUUAUACUUACGUUUUUCUCUAGAGUUUAGCAUUUUGUGCUGAUUUGUAAUUUUGUCAUUUAUUGUACUACAUCAAAGUGGUACUUUAAAAAAAUCAGUAAACUGAACUGGAUGUAUUUGCUUUUGAAUCUACUUAAUUCCAAUUCCACAGAUUAAUUCUCCAUCUCUCCUCAUCACUAAUAUAUUUUUAUGUUUAUAUGAGAAGCAUAUCAGUUUAUGAUUUUCAUUAAGCAGAUAUAAUCUUCAUCAAUUAUGAAAUUAAAUUCAGCUGGGCAAAAUUUAGGAUUGUAUACUGUCAUAUUUCUACCAGUGAGAUUUUUUUAACUUUUUCGCUUUUAAUUCAGUUUUUGAGAAUGAAGUAGAAUGUUGUGCUUUUGUAUGUCUUUUUGUACACAUUUUACAAAUCUUUUUCAAUCUAUCUUGAAACAUUCAUGCAUAACGAGAUUAUGUAUUGAAUUAACAUCAUCAUUAUAUUUUGUUGAAUUGUAGCAAUAUAUUAAUCAGUGUUGAGAUAUUUUUCAAUAAAGUUAUUUAAAACCGAUGCUAUUAUUAUAUAUACAAGUACUUCUGUUAUUUGCUCAUAUGUACAUGAAGAAAUAAUAUUGUGUCUUUUUUAGAUUUAUUUAUUUAUUUUUUUUUUUUUUUUUUUGUUAUGAAAGAAAGCAAGCACAUUUUUUUUCCUUACUUGUUUUUAAAUAUUAGUUCUGAUCACAUGUUAAACAAGAAACUUUUAAGGCAGCACCUCACAUAAUGUUGUAGUGUUUUUUUAAUAUGCAUUUAAUUAUUUUUUCCUGCUAUUCAUAAUAGAAAGCCUUUGCAAAAUAUUCUGUAGAUGCAUCUAUUGUUAUAUUUUUUAUCCAGAUCAUAAUAGUAUGAAAUUUCUUGUUAUGUACAUUGCUUAAAGUAAAUUUAAACCUGCACAUUUAUUUUAAUUCAAAAGUAUUGAAAUAAUGCAUCCUGAAUUUUAACCACAUUUCUAGGUAGCUAAUAUUUUACUGUAGAAUAUAAAUGUUAUGGUUAUUUUUACAAAAUAAUGUUCGAACAUAAAUUUUUAUUUGUUAACCUCUAGUUUCAUUAUAGGGUUAUGUUUUUAUUGGUCUGUUUUUAUGAAAAACAAAUAAAAGAGAUGAUGUUUUGUCAUCUUUUCAUGUUAUGCCACAUUUGUGCUUCAUCAGAAAUUCUGCUGGUUGUAAGAUUUGCAUUGUUUUUCCUGUCAUCCCAUUUUAUAUUGUACCUGAGCUCAUGAAUAAAUCUUAAAGCUUUUCA